AUGCCGUUUCUCGAUCUCGACGAUUAUGAGGAAUUGAAUGAGGCCACCCUAAAACUCGCAAUCUACAAACUCAACUCUAUUUUUGCCUCCGGACAUUCUAACAUCGUUACACAACUACGUCAGCUUCGUUUUAGUCUGCCUUUAACGAAGGUUCAAAUCUCUACUGUCGACUACGGAAUUCUGUUGGGCAUGAAUAAGGGUCAUCUAGCUCACGUAGCGGGUUUAUAA